ACCGCACGAAUGAGCCUACUCUAAAGUGUGCAAAAUAGAUAUUCAGUAAAAUUCUCCCGAUUUUCCACCAAUGACCCACAAGAUCUCAACUUGUUUUCAUUUCAACACACUCUUUUUCUAAUCAGAAUCAGAUGUUCGAAUUUCGAAUGAAUAUUGUACUACAUUAUUAAACUCGUAACUCUUUGUGUUUCAAUUUUAGUGGAUAAUGAGCUAACAUUAACUUCUUGAGACAAUUUUUUUGUUCUUAUCUGUACGUAUAUUACUCGACUUUCACCUUAAUUUUUGAUCGCGUUGAAAUAUGAUUUCGAGAAGAGCUACUCAUUCUGGAAGUUGGUAUACGGAAUCAAGCAGAGAAUUGAAUAGACAGUUGGAAAACUGGUUAAAUGCUGCUGAACUUCUUCACGGACCUGCCAGAGCGAUUAUUGCUCCGCACGCUGGAUAUCAAUACUGUGGAGCUUGCAGUGCUUUUGCUUACAGGCAAAUUAGUCCAGUUGUUGUUCAGAGAAUUUUCAUUUUAGGGCCUUCUCAUCAUGUCAGAUUAUCGGGAUGUGCUCUCUCAAAUGCAACGAAGUAUCGUACUCCUUUAUAUGAUCUCAAUGUCGAUACUCAAGUUUAUUCUGAAUUGGAGAGCAGUGGUCCAUUUGAGAGAAUGGAUAUUUCUGUAGAUGAAGAUGAACACAGUAUCGAAAUGCAUCUUCCAUUCAUUGCCAAAGUUAUGGAGCAGUAUAAAGAUUCCUUCACUAUUGUUCCUGUGUUGGUUGGUUCAUUGAAUCCGGAUAAAGAAGCGAUGUACGGUCGGAUUUUUUCCAAAUAUCUAGCAGAUCCUCAAAAUUUAUUUGUGAUAUCUUCCGACUUUUGUCAUUGGGGUCAACGUUUCCGAUAUACGUUUUACGAUCGUUCCUGGGGAGAAAUUUACCAAUCUAUUCAAACUUUGGACAGAACUGCGAUGGAUUCUAUCGAAACUUUGAAUCCUUCCGCAUUCACUGAUUAUUUGAAGAAAUAUUCUAAUACAAUAUGCGGUCGACAUCCUAUAGGGAUUUUAAUUCAGGCUGCUAAUCAUCUGCAAAAAAUGUCUAUGAAUGGUCAUAAAAUGUCGCUCAAAUUUCUGAAAUACGCUCAAUCUAGUAAGUGUUCCAAUAUGAGUGAUUCUUCCGUCAGUUAUGCUGCUGCCGCACUUGUAUUCGAAUGAAAUAAUUUUACUAAUACCUACAUUAUGUAAUCGUGAUAAUUUCUCGUUUAACUGAAAAAUAAAAAUCGAAUGUGUAUAAUUUUGCAUAACUUGUACUUGAGUAGAAUUAAGACGUUUUAGUUUACGGGAGAGUUAUUACAUAUUAUAAUAAUUAAUGUGACUUGCUCCAGUAUAGGACAGCAAACAAAACAAUAGUGGUUUUCUAGUUUCGUUCGUUUUUUAUGAUAAUACUUAAUCAAAUCUUAAUUCAUGAAGCGUGAUCAAAGUUCUACUCUGCUAUAUCUAAAUUAGAAACCGGUGCCUUGAAAGCCUUUCCCGCCUCACGCAUACCCAAGGGUUUGUAUGAGGUUUACAGUGUGGUAAAGGUCGGUUGGGGGUUGGGGGGGGGGGGUGUAUUACAAUUUAUAGGUUAAAUAGCUAAUAAUAAAAAAAUCCAAAACUCAAACUUUGAUUUGAUCGUUUUUUUUUGUAACUAUGUUUUCAAUUUGUAUUGCUUCCUUCUAUCGUUGCAGGUCAUAAAUGCUGUAUUAUGUGAUAAAUACGAUGCUUCUUAUAACAUACUUCAAUUAUUCUUAAGUCGAUUAGUCUUACGUAGAAUUAAAAUGCGUUGGCAAUUUACUGAAAAUGAUUUUUUUUUCAAGUCUUAAUGCGAUAAAAUUGUAAGCUAGUUUUUGUUUAAGUCUACUUAAGAUGAUUGACGAUAAUUUAGUGCAUAUACGAGUAUAUUCAAAACAGUUUCAAAAAUGUCUUGUUGAAGUUAACAUUUUGUACAAAAUUGCCUGUAUCAGGCAAAUGAAAUUUUAUAAGUUUUCUUUUUUUUACUUUAUUGUUAUUGUUAUAAUAAAUGCUGAAAAAAACUGUUUUAUAUGAAUAAAAGUUUCAGUUUAUUAUGA